CGAGACGCAGCAGCAUAAAAUAGCAUUGUACUAACAGAUGAGGCAUUGCAAGUGAGAGUUGUGUGGAAACAAAAUGAAGUUUGACAACAUUCUGGAGACAGUGGGCGAAUUUGGUCCUUCCCAAAGACGUCUGUAUAUACUGCUCAGCCUCCCCGCCGUUUAUAAUGCUGUCAUCGGCAUGGUCAUCUUUGUGUUUCUCUUUGCUGUCCCUGAACACAGGUGUGCUAUUCCCGGGAUGAAAAACGAUACCUUCCAGAUUCAAAGCGAGGCUCAUGCUGACCUCAUCAACAGGACAAUGCCGCUUGAUAAUGAUAACGGCGACCUACCUCGUUCAUCAUGCUUCAUUUAUUCAACGUCUGAAAAUGCAUCAUCCCGCGAUAUGAAUACCGUCACUGAGCCAUGUCACAAGUGGACAUAUGAUAAAAGCGUGUAUCAGUCGACUGUUGCCCAAACAAUGGACCUUGUGUGUGACCGGAAGCUGUAUGUGAGUCACGCUAAGAUGAUGGCCAUGGUUGGGCAACUCGUUGGAGUUCUCAUUGGUGGACCCAUGUCCGACAUGUUUGGACGGCGGAGAGUCAUCUUGGCUUGCGUGUUUGUUUCGGUUCUCCUGAGCAUCUGUCUCACCUGGAUCACGGACUACUACCUGCUCAUCACUGUAGUAUUAGUCAUCUCAGCGAGCAACAACGUGCAGUACCUAUCGUGUUUCGUGUUCAGCAUGGAAUGCGUCGGUCCCUCUAAACGAAUGUUGGUUGGAGUGGCCAUGAAUCUCUUCUGGAGUGCGGGAAACAUCAUUGUUGCUUUGAUGGUCUUCCUGAUGCGAGACUGGAAAACCAGGCAGCUUGCAAUUAGCGUUCCAGGGAUUCUCUUUGCUUAUCUCUAUUUCCUGCCCGAUUCCCCAAGAUGGCAGUAUAGUAGAGGGAAAACUGCAGAGGCGAACAAAACUGUGAUGAAACUUGCCAAAGGAAACAAGGUUAGGCUCACUCAAGAUAUGCUUUAUGACGUGACAUGCACACUGGAUAAUCAUCAAGAACAGUUCUGGGAAUUGCUGAAGUCCCCUGUCAUGUUGAAGAGGAUCCUUAUUAUCUUAUACACCUGGCUUGCAAUCGGUAUGGGGUUUUUUGGUCUCAGCAUGAACGUCACAAACCUCUCUGGCAACGUCUACCUAAACUUCUUACUGUUUGUUCUGGUCGAGGCAUGUGCGUAUGUCAUAUGUCUUCUCCUGAUGGACCGCAUUGGGCGGAAGAAGAUGUUGUGCACUGCAAUGCUGAUGGCAGGAAUAGCAUGUGCUCUGUCGUUCGUCCCGUUCUUUGUCACAGAAACCCCUAACAAGUGGAUCAUCAACAUUUUGGCGUGUCUGGGCAAUACGUGUGUAUCAGCAGGAUUUGCCGCCGUUUAUGUCUUCACUGCAGAGCUGCUGCCCACAACUUCUCGAAACUUUGGCAUGGGCAUCUCUUCUUUGUUUUGUAGAAUUGGCAGUAUAUCGUCACCUUAUAUUAAUGAUCUGACAAUGCACAUAACCAGCAGAUACAGCCAGAUUCUACCUAUGUUGAUUUUUGGGGGCGUUUCCUUCAUUGCUGGACUUCUCGUACUUCUGUUGCCGGAAACCCUGAACGUAAAGCUUCCAGAAACAAUUAAGGACGCAGAGAAAAUAGGGACAAAUGUCACUGAUGACGCCAUACCUUCUCCGGCACAAGAACUACUUCGCCUUGACAGGGAAUGUGGCAGUAGAACCAGUGAAAACGCUUGACGUCCAAUACCAUUUCAUUUAUUUUCACAACGUAAUGUUUCACACAGGACAUACAUACAUUAGGUUAAUUAUUUUCCUGUUGCCAUGAAGCUUGUUAUUGGUUGAAAAGCAUGGUUUAUACCAAGGGUCUUACACUUAAAUUGGACUUUCAUUUUGUGUAUGGUCCAUUUAUGUCAUUAUCUGAAGUGGUAACGCUUUAUACCGUGUGUGUCCACCAUUGGCGUGGAUGACAGCCAGGUGUAGUGUGGACUAUUCUCCCUUACACAUUUGUUGUAAUUGCAGUAUAUUCUGUUUCCAUGGUUCACGUUGACGGGACCUGUGACCUGUGCUAUGUGUAAAGACAACUGUCCAUAUGAAAAUGGCGCCUGUCAAUUUGCCCUAAAUACGAACAUGGCAUGUUAUUUGCCCAUACAAAAUAGUUCAGGUGACUGUGUCGACUUCGUGUAAAUAUA